AUGAAAUGUUCCUCUUUUUCUUGUAAAAGCAAAUAUUACCAUCAUACAUCAAAGUAUAAUUAUUUAUCCGAUGAUGAUAAUUUAAAUCUAUUUUUAAAAGACACAAAAAAGAAAAAAAAUUUUAACUAUCUUCUAGAAAACGCUGUAAACAAAAUAAUAUAUGAAACAAAAAAAAAUUGUGACAUUAGUUCAGAUGUAGAACAAAUAGAAGAAUUAAAUUCUGAAAACAUGGAAGAAUCUGGAAAUGAAUCAUUAGAUGAUAUUGAUAUUAUAUUAAAAAAAAGUAAAUUAGAAAAUAUGUUUUUAAAAAAAAAGAAUAACCCAAACAUUUAUUUACCUUCCAAAAAUAUUAAACACAGAAUUUAUUCUACAAACCAAGAAAGAAAUGAAAAUGUUGAAAAAAAAAUAAAAAAUAAAAUUAUAGAAUCUCAGAAUGAUAAAAUCAUAGAAAACUUUAAAAAUGUCUUAUGUAAUGACAUCAAUCAAUAUUUUAAAGAUAUAUUUCAUAACUUAAAAAAUAAUAACGAAUACAUAAAUACACCAUUAAAAGGAAAUAUAGAAACACAAAAUAAAAUUAUAAAACAGAAAAAACAAUUUAAUAUAUCAAAUGAUACUAUAGAAGAAAUAAUAUCAAAUACAUUCAAAAAUAAUUCAAAUAAUUAUAAUUCUAAUAUACAAAAUAAUGAUAAUUCCUAUAAAAAUUCACAAGAUAACAUAAAUAUAAAAGAUAUGUAUGUUCCAAAAAAUAUACAACCAUUAAAUUAUAAUAAAACAAACAGUAAUGAAGAUAGAUCGAAAAAAUAUACUAAGAAGAAUAAUAAAUAUACUUCUAUCCAUAUUAAUAACAACAACAAUAAUAAUAAUAAACCUUAUACACAUCAUAUGAAUCAUAAGAAAAAAAAAAAAAAAAAAAAAAAAAAUUCGAAAGAAAAAAUCUCAAAUCAUCAACAUAACCAUAUCAUGGUCCAAAAAAAAAAUUUUUUUGAAAAUAAAAAAAAUAUUAAUAAUAAGUAUUUUUUAAAUAGUUAUAUACAUAAUAAUACAAUAGAAUCGUCUCAUCUAAUUUCAAAUGUUCAAAUUGAUGGUAUAUCGAAAGAUCUAAUAAAUUCUAUGGAUAAUCCACAAAACUGGGAAAACUCAAAAUACAAUUGCAAUGAAAUAUCACAUGACGAUUUUACAUUUAACCAUUUUCAGAAAAAUGAAAAUAACCACAUCUUAAAUAAAUUAAGAUUUUAA